GUGGGGAUGGGACUUCGUGUCUCUGUGUCCCCUGCGCAAACUGCUUUUUACAUCCUUCUGGUGAUGCUGGGCAUCCUGGGUAACGCCACUGUCGUUGGGGUGAUUGGUAAGAGUGUGAUAAUGGACCGUGGUGGGGGACGUAACUCGGACAUCAUUAUCAUGAACAUGGCACUGUCUAACCUGCUGGUGUCUGUGAUGAGAAACACACUGCUCGUCAUCUCAGACAUGGGACUCGAGCUAUACUCAUCUAAAGAGUGGUGUCAAUUCCUCAUGGGUGUCUGGGUGUGGCUGCGAUCGGUCAAUGUGUGGUCUACGCUAUUCCUCAGUGCGUUCCACCUCCAGACACUGCGGCGUGUGGCUCCUACUAUUGGGAGCAUUCACGGGCCCCGGGGCCUUCCUAAGACGUUGCUGCUGAGUCUGGCCCUCAUCUGGCUCCUCAACUUUAUUUACUCCAUUCCUGCUCAUAUCUUUUCCACUAAUGGGGACACUAACAGCACGGAGACCCUGAUGCUGGUGAGCAGCACGACGCGCCCCCUGCUGGGCUGCGUCUGGAACUUUCCCUCCAUCUACAGUGGCCUGGCCUAUGCAACCACAUCGAUGGUGAUCCAUGAAACAAUUCCCAUAAUACUAAUGGCCUUUACCAACCUGUGCUCCCUCUAUACACUCUACACCCACAGCAGGAUGCGGAGUUCAGUGCAAGAUGCACCUGUCAUAAAACGGGUGCCUGCUGAGAGACGAGCAGCCAAGGUGAUCCUCGCUCUCAUAAUGCUCUUCAUUGCAUCCUGGGGAACCAGCAUUAUCUCUGUCAACUAUUUUAACUACAACCGCGGCUCUUCAGCCGAGUUUCUUCUGGUCAUUGCUCGUUUUGCCAACAUUAUCUUCAUUGCCAUGUCACCUGCUGUCCUGGCAAUUGGCCACCGGCGGCUGCGUGCUUUCAUCAAGUCUACGCUCUCCCACUGA